UGCGCGCCACUCACACAAACGGGUCCAGAUUCUCAUAAUAACAAAGUGGUUUCGGGUCGGAUCCAAACCCGAGAAAUCUGUGUGUACGCGUGAUGGUAAACUAAACUAAACAAAACGUGAUAGAACUGGGAGAGAGAGAGAGCACAGUUCAGAUCCGGGUUAAGAGGAAGCUAAGCUUAGCUGAACUGAGAGAGAGAGAGAAUGAGAUAUGGCGGAGGUAGAAGGAGGCGAAUGCUGUUGCAACCGUUUCUUGUUUUGUGUGCGAUUGUGACCGGUGUGGGGCUCUUGAUACUGGCGCUGAGGCCGUUGGAUCCUCCUAUCACGGUCGAUUUUCCGAGAGAUUCCGAGUUCGGAGAUUUCAACAGCUCCAGUUUGGAUGGUGGCGCUGCCGCCGAGGAGAUCGUCAGGGAGAAACCGUGCGCGACGGUGGAAGAGAUGGGGAAUGAUUUCGGAGCGGGUACAGAGAAGGAAGCCCUGAGAGUGAGGAGAAUUAUCGAUGAUCAUUUCGUUGUGAACGGUGCUUCAAGAGUCAGGGAUUUGCCCCCCGAGGAGUUCUGUAGUCAUGGAUUUGUUCUGGGAAAGACUGCCGAAGCAGGUUUUGGGAAUGAAAUGUACAAGGUCUUAACUGCUGCAGCACUGAGUAUAAUGUUAAACCGGUCCUUGAUCAUUGGCCAAACCAGAGGCAAAUAUCCUUUUGGGGAUUACAUUUCUUAUUCCAACUUUACCUUUACCAUGAAAGAAAUAAAGCAUCUGUGGAGACAAAAUGAUUGUGAAAGCAAAUAUGGGAGGCAACUUGUAAUGAGGACUGAUGAUUUUGAAAAGCCAGCUCAAACAAAUGUUCUCUGUAGCAAUUGGAAGGAAUGGAAGCAACCUAUCAUAUGGUUUCAAGGAACUAAUGAUGCUGUGGCCGCUCAAUUUUUCUUGAAGAAUAUACACUCACAGAUGAGGAUUUCUGCUUUUGAUUUAUUUGGUGACCCACAAGUUCUGGGAUCUAAACCAAAUGUAUUUGGGGAGCUCAUGAGAGUUCUCAUAUCCCCUUCAAAAGAUGUUGAGGCAGCUGUUGAUUGGGUUAUUGGUGGUGGGGAGAAUCCUGACAUCUCUUUGCAUAUGCGGAUGCUUAUGAAUAGGUCCAUAAGAGCUGUACAGGCUGCAUUGCGUUGCAUUAAAAAAGCCAUACAGAGUCAACACCUAAUGUCAAGACCAAAGGUGGUUGUGGUGUCAGAUACACCUUCUCUUGUUAAAAGUAUCAUGCCCAACAUAAGUGAAUUUGCAGAGGUUCUUCAUUUUGAUUAUGAAAAGUUUAAAGGAAGUAUUUAUGACGGUUUGCCCAAGUCAGAUUUUAGAGUGAAGGAUUGGGGUCCAGCACCCAGAUGGGUUGCUUUUGUAGAUUUUUUUCUUGCAUCUCGUGCUAGAUAUGCUGUUGUUUCCGGAGCUCAUCGGCGUGUUGGAACUACCUAUGCUCAAUUAAUUGCUGCACUGGCUGCAUCACGCAAUCUGGGAGGCAACUCGUCAGGUUCAAGUUUUUCAUUUUUUAGCAGUUUCCAGAGUAAUUUAUUGGUUGAUGGUUUAAAGAAUCAGAUUGGUUGGGGUCAUGUGUGGAACAGAUAUUCUGGACCAUUAAGUUGUCCUGGCCAGACCAAUCAGUGCGCAUUCACACCACUUCUCCCUCCUGCUUGGUGGGAUGGCCUUUGGCAGUCUCCUACUCCACGUGAUAUCAAUCGUCUUGCUUCCUAUGGUAUCCAACUAUCUGGACUUGGCACGGUUGAUAUGGAUUCCCUUAUGAAUUACUGUAACUCAAGGAAAGAUGUUGUGAGAACCAUUACAUUCAAUUUGUAGCCUUUGGAAGACAUAUUUCAUUGUAUUCUUUUUUGGUUUACAUUAAUAAUUAUUAGUACAGAAUUCGUU